UUUGGUUCGUUCCUGAUUUAGGCUUUUAAUUCAUAUGCGUGAGCGAGUUUUGCCAAAAAUUUUAUAUCCGUUCGGACUAUAAAUAAGUUUGAAACCGAGUUCUUAUCAUCCACUUAGUUUCCUUCGGUUAACAAGCAGACAUCCCACAAUCUCAACAUGAAAUUCGUCAUUGUUCUCGUUGCCCUUUUCGGUUUGGCUAUCGCUGCUGAUCAAGAUGCUACCGUCCUCCGUCAAGAUUCCAACAUUGCUGCUGAUGGAUACGACUUCGCUGUUGAAACCAGUGAUGGCAAGUCCCACAUUGAAAAAGCUAUCUUGAAGAACAUUGGCAGUGAAAACGAAGCCAUCUCAGUCAGUGGACAAUACUCUUACUUGGGAAAUGACGGUAUCACCUACUCCGUCAGCUACGUCGCCGAUGAGAACGGUUUCCAACCCAGCGGUGCUCAUUUGCCAGUUGCCCCAGUUGCUUAAAUAAUGUUGUCGACCUAUAUGCCUGUCUACGUAUUUCAAUUUGUUGUGAUCUGUU